UGUUUAGAAAGAAACACCCUGUAUAUUUACAAUUCUUCCUGUUUAGUGUAGAGAGCUAUAAAUAUCGUGAGCUGGCAACCUCAUCAGAUGGAAAGAAAGAAUUACAGGACGCUCAAGGAGGGAGACGCCUAUCAGCUUCAUGGAAAACCAAUAUAGGAGAACCCAUUUAUAAUAUUCAGGUUAUUCAGUCGUUAGAUAGAGAGGAGCCAGCCUUAAUCAGUGUACUCUCAAGACAAACAUUAACAAUACUCCUAGAUACAGGAUCUGUGAAUUGGAGUAUGAGGUUUGAUUACACUCCAGUCACUCAACUUAGCUACCCUUCACUUGUACAGGACUCAAGAAUAAUAACUCUUAUCGUCUCCAACUCUAAUACUCUUCAUGUAUAUGAUAACUCAACACUCAAAUGGGCUGCCCAGCUACCCUGCCUUCCUAGAAGCCUUACCCUUGGUAAAUUCUGGGACAGUGUUAUUUCUUCAAGAAGAGAAGGUCUUCUUGUCCUGCUAGGAGAGGCAGGGGAUGAGGGGGAUGAGGAGGGGGCAGGGGGGGAGCUAUCAGUCUGCUAUCUAGGGACAAAUCCUGCCCUGCAUACUCCACCUCCCCCAGAUAGCAGAGAGGUUAAUUACGAGGAAACUGACAGGGAGCUGACAAGACUCUCUUCAAUUAUACGGCAGAAUCAAAAAGAAGGAGUUAAAGUGGAGAGUAAAAAGUCGUCACCACUCAAGGUUGAGGUUUCUGUUUCUAGCCAACUUGAACUUUGUCAUUUUCCAUCCCGUGUUCUUGAAGUUGAGCCAGCAGUUCCUAUGGUUGGUCUGGUGAUUAAACUAUCCACUACCUCACCUCUUACUAGGUAA